CUACCUCACGUCCAGAGGGCGGGAAGGCCCUGGACAACCUGGACAAGAAUGAAAUUCUAAUCAGUUUUAUUUCUCCUUCCUGCCUCCUCUGUUGGUUUCCUCGAACUGCAGGCUGGGGAGCCAAGGGUGGCGCUGUGGAAGAGGGCGGAUGGACGGACCUGCUGCCGGGGUGGACCUGGGCCGCCGGAGCCAGAAUGAGUAAAAACUCUAAUGUCAUGCUGGUGGUCACAGUCCCACUCUGGGCACAAUGGAGGUGGGGGGUGAUUGUCAGCCUAACAGCGUGGUGGGGGAGGGGAGGAGGAAGGGGACAGGGACAGGAGAGGGUUCCAGAACCUGAGAGCACAAUCCUGAGGGUGAUCUCACUGCAGGCCCAGGAUUCUGGAACCUGGGCUGCCUGAUAGACCCUACAUGAAAAAUGUAGUAGGGACGAGGAGCGACAGCUGGCUAAAGGGGCCCCCCCAGAACCCUCCCGACCCCCUGGGGAGAGCAGCCUGUCUCAGCUGGUCCCAGGGUGCCAUGGAGAUGGAGAGCGCCGCGGCCUCCACCCGGUUCCACCAGCCUCACAUGGAGCGGAAGAUGAGCGCGAUGACCUGCGAGAUCUUCAACGAGCUCAGGCUGGAGGGCAAGCUCUGCGAUGUGGUCAUCAAGGUCAAUGGCUUUGAGUUCAACGCCCACAAGAACAUCCUCUGUAGCUGCAGUUCCUACUUUAGAGCUUUGUUUACGAGUGGCUGGAACAACACUGAAAAGAAGGUGUACAACAUUCCCGGCAUUUCCCCCGACAUGAUGAAGCUAAUUAUUGAAUACGCGUACACCAGGACGGUCCCCAUCACGCCAGACAACGUGGAGAAGCUGCUGGCCGCUGCAGACCAGUUUAACAUCAUGGGUAUUGUAAGGGGUUGCUGCGAGUUCCUCAAGUCGGAGCUGUGUCUGGAUAACUGCAUCGGCAUCUGCAAGUUCACUGACUACUACUACUGCCCGGAGCUCCGGCAGAAGGCCUACAUGUUCAUACUGCACAACUUUGAGGAGAUGGUGAAGGUCUCAGCGGAGUUUCUCGAGCUCUCGGUCACUGAACUAAAGGAUAUUAUUGAGAAAGACGAGCUCAACGUCAAACAAGAAGACGCUGUUUUUGAGGCCAUUUUAAAAUGGAUUGCUCAUGACCCCCAAAAUAGGAAGCAGCAUAUUUCAGUGUUGCUCCCCAAGGUCCGCCUGGCCCUCAUGCACGCUGAGUACUUCAUGAACAAUGUUAAGAUGAAUGACUAUGUCAAAGACAGCGAGGAAUGCAAGCCGGUCAUCAUCAAUGCCCUAAAGGCCAUGUAUGACCUAAACAUGAAUGGACCCUCUAACUCGGACUUCACCAACCCACUGACCAGGCCCCGCCUGCCCUACGCCAUCCUGUUCGCGAUUGGCGGCUGGAGCGGCGGGAGCCCCACCAAUGCCAUCGAGGCCUACGAUGCUCGGGCAGACAGAUGGGUGAACGUCACGUGCGAGGAGGAGAGCCCCCGCGCCUACCACGGGGCAGCCUACUUGAAAGGCUACGUGUACAUCAUUGGGGGGUUCGAUAGCGUGGACUAUUUCAAUAGUGUUAAGCGUUUCGACCCGGUUAAGAAAACGUGGCACCAGGUGGCCCCGAUGCACUCCAGACGCUGCUAUGUCAGCGUGACGGUCCUCAGCAACUUCAUCUACGCCAUGGGAGGGUUCGAUGGCUACGUGCGUCUCAACACGGCCGAGCGUUACGAGCCGGAGACCAACCAGUGGACACUCAUCGCCCCCAUGCACGAGCAGAGGAGCGACGCGAGCGCCACGACGCUCUACGGGAAGGUCUACAUAUGUGGCGGCUUUAACGGAAACGAGUGCCUGUUCACAGCAGAGGUGUACAACACCGAGAGCAACCAGUGGACCGUCAUAGCGCCCAUGAGGAGCAGGAGGAGUGGGAUAGGCGUGAUCGCCUAUGGAGAGCACGUGUACGCGGUAGGCGGCUUCGACGGGGCGAACCGGCUCAGGAGCGCCGAGGCCUACAGCCCCGUGGCGAACACCUGGCGCACGAUCCCCACGAUGUUCAACCCUCGCAGCAACUUCGGCAUCGAGGUGGUGGACGACCUCCUGUUCGUGGUGGGCGGCUUCAACGGCUUCACCACCACCUUCAACGUGGAGUGCUACGAUGAGAAGACGGACGAGUGGUACGACGCCCAUGACAUGAGCAUCUACCGCAGCGCCCUGAGCUGCUGCGUGGUCCCAGGGCUGGCCAACGUCGGGGAGUACGCCGCCAGGAGGGACAACUUCACGGGCCUGGCGCUGCGGGACGAGGUCAAGUACUCCGCUUCCACAAGCACCCUGCCUGUAUGA